AUGGAGGACGAAAAUUGUGCAAAUAGUGCCUUGCCAAACGCUGUACUAGAUUCGGACGGAGGUGUAGCAUCACCAAGUGUUGAUCCUAAUCCUGAACUUUUAAAAGGUACAGUACAGUGGCAAGAAACCUUAAUUAAUUUAAUGGCUGCCCAGCAACAACAAAUCGCUGAAUUAACAAAACAGACAAAGAUUGCGAUGAUGUCAUCGUCAUCUUCACAGGCAACGCCCAACCUUCUCGUAGUAGAUGGAUCAAAUACGCAAGCGUCGACAUCAAAUUACACAUUUAAAUUAACCAGCUACGAUCCGGAUAACAGCGCAUACGCCAUUCAUGAAUGGUUAGAAGAUGCUACGAAAUUAAAAGAUGAAUUAACUGUCAGCGAUAAUCUAAUGAUCGCAAAGGCAGGCGAGACCUUGAAAAACAGAGGUAACCGAUACUGUUGUGAAUGGCGGCCAAUCCGCCGAACUUGGGAAAAUUUAUGUGCAGAUCUCAUCACUGCGUUCCCAGAUAAAGAAACAACUGGGGUACGAGCAUUCAAAGCCGCCACGCUACGAAGCCGUGAUUGUGAUUCUUUAUGUGAUUAUGGGAAUCAAAAAUUUCGUAGUAUACACAGAUUCUAUGAAAAUUUUCCUUGGGACAAGAUCCUAAGUAUGAUUGAAUUCGGGUUAGACCACGCGGAAGCACGUGCCUCGCUACAUAUACAACAACCGCAAUCUGAUCGUGAGGUUAUGACAAUACUAAGUGAAUUUGAUGCAAGGCGGAUUGCAAAACGGCCUUUAGAAGUUGAAGAAACGUCCACAAGGAAACACCAUUUGGGAGCCAGACGAGACGUAGACCAUGAAGGACCAAAAAAGUUAUUUAAGGGAUCAUGUUACAGUUGUGGUCGUCAAGGACACCGACAUACUAUGUGCCGUAAUAAACAAGAAAACCCGAAAGAAAUUCAACAAAACAUUUCAGGUUCCUUAAAAAUUCCACCUUGUAACCACUGCAAGAAAAUUGGCCACAACGAAAGUAACUGUUGGUAUAAAAACGGCAAACCCAAGAAAACAUUUUUACUUAAAAAAUGA